UUCAAUUUCAACUAACUUCACUCGUGGCCAUAUUGACCUGCUGAAGUGAAGUCCAAAAAAUGGGUUUUGGAGAUUAUCCCGCUGAAUAUAACCCGAAAGUGCACGGUCCUUAUGAUCCUGCACGUUUUUACGGGAAGCCGGAUACCCCAUUUGGUCAAGUAAAACUUGGCGAAUUAGGUUCAUGGUUUGGGAGGAGAACUAAAAGUCCACAAGCCGUAGCCGGGGCUUGCAGUCGGGCUUGGUGGAGAUGGCAACAUAAAUAUAUCCAACCGAAACGCGCCGGAAUCGCUGGUUUCUUCCAGUUGAUCAGUGUUUCAAUGGCUGUAUUUUAUUUCUUAAAUUACGGCAAGAUUAAGAAGCAUAGGAACUACAAAUAUCAUUAAAUGUAAAUGAUGAGGAUCGAGACGGGGGUAGAAGAAAACAGCUUGUAGUCGAAUUAAAAAUUGAAAAGAACACAUUGUUUAAUUUUGAAUUGUAUUAAAGAAAAUAAAUAAUUUGGGAAAGAAUAAAGCGUUUUGAUAAAUGACA